GCUGCUGCUGAUGUCAACUUCCAACAAACAGCGAGUUAAUCUGAUAAAUUCCAGUUAUAUGAUGUAAUAAACUCUACCAGAAGCGACUUAUUUUGAUAAAUAAAUAAAAAAAUUCUGUAAACUAUGGGGUCAGGAAACAGUACAAGACCGAAAAGUGGUGAUAGGUCGGAUUUUAAUGUGAAACCAGAAACUUUGAUAAAUGGUGGCUCCAGCAUCUCGACGAUUGAUUCUUCUCAUAGAAGAAAAAUGACAGAUGAAGAGAAAAACACUAACAUCAGGGAGGCAGAUUAUGAAGAUGGGAGUCUUGGGAUUAUGAGUAAAGCUAGAAUGGAGGAAAUAGUUGAAAAUUUAGGACCAGAUGAACUGUUUUGUGAUCCUGACUUUCCUGCAGACAGCCAAGCAUUGUUCUACAGUGAUGACAAACACUCAACUGGGAAAAGCAUUGUUUGGAAAAGACCAAAGGAUUUGAUGGAAGAAUGGCAAACUCCUCAAUUAAUGAUAGAUGGAAUGACAAGAGAUGAUAUAAAGCAGGGAAUUCUGGGAGAUUGUUGGUUCCUCUCAUCCUGUGCAGCUGUAUCACAGAGACCAAAAUACAUGAAAAAGAUUAUGCAGAGAGAUCAACCUUUAGUUGGUGAUGAAUAUAAAGGCAUGGUAAAUUUUAAAUUUUGGCGGUUUGGUCAAUGGUCAGAUGUUUAUAUUGAUGAUAGAUUACCAACAAAGGACGGUAAACUAAUUUAUGCCUCGUGUACAGAUCCACAAGAAUUCUGGGUAUCUUUAAUAGAAAAGGCUUAUGCAAAAUUACAUGGUUCAUAUGAAGCUAUAGACGGAGGACAAACUAUGGACGCACUGGUUGACCUCACUGGGGGUCUUGCUGAGAGAUAUGAAAUUGAAACAAAAGAUCCUAAUUUGUACCGACAAAUUCUUAGAGCUAGCAAGUCGGAAGCAUUUAUCACUUGUUCAAGAAAGGGAGACUGGAAGCUAAGUAAUAAAGCUGACCCAAAUGGCUUAGUUUCUGGACAUGCUUACACCAUCACCGGCAUAGAAAAGAUUCAGCAUAAAAUGGGAGAGGAUAAACUUGUAAGAAUACGUAAUCCUUGGGCUGAUGGUACAGAGUGGAAGGGAUCUUGGAGUGAUAAUGACAUUAAUUGGACAUGGGUAGAUGAAGAAACUAAAGAACGUCUGGGACUGAAAUCAAAAGAUGAUGGUGAAUUCUGGAUGUCAUAUAAAGAUUUUUGUCGACAUUUUUCUGAGGUAACGAUAUGUUUAAUGGGGCCAGACUUUGACGGAGAUGGGGUAUCUGAUCAAGCAGGUCAUUUUGAGGUUAUCAGAGGGGAGUGGAUUUUAGGCUGUUCUGCUGGUGGAUCCAGAAAUGACCUACAAAAAUUUGCAACAAAUCCACAAUAUUUAUUAACAUUAACUGAACCAGAUGAUUUCAACGAGGAAACAGAUGAUCCGGACAGUGAGGGCAAGUGCAGUAUUGUGAUAUCAUUGAUGCAGGAGCAUCGGCAGUCUCGGAGAAAUGUUAAAGUUAAACGAUUACAAAUUGGUUUUAUGUUAUAUCAGACUGAAGAUACAGAACAUUCUUUACCAGCAAGAUAUUUUAAGUAUCAUCCUGACUGUGGUAAAUCUGGUGUAUAUAUAAACUUUCGUGAAGUUAGUGGCCGUUUUGAACUGAAUCCUGGACAUUAUGUGAUUAUUCCAUCUUCGUUCAAACCAGAUGACCAGUCUGCUUUUAUGCUUCGUGUGUUUGGAGAGAAGAAGUUUGGAUUGAAAGGACCCUUAAGACCUGCGCCAGAACCAGAAUGAAAGCCGGAAUAAGACAUGAACUGGAAACUAUAACCGGACCUUACCUCUAUUAUAUCUCCAAGGUGUUCUGGAAAAUUACAAGCUUCACACAGAUAGAAAUCUACACCUUUGAUCAAUCUAUCCUUGUUAAAUCUUUUCAGCUUGUGUAUUGGUGCUUUAUAAAGACAAAUGCUACAAUUACAUAUUUAUUAUAUACUUGUAAGGAAACUUUCUAAAACAUUAACUGGCGUACACCAGUUUAGUUCAAGCUCAAAGUGUAAAAGUAUGAGACAGUGCUAUUCUUUACGCUUGUUUUGUGCUAAUUUUUAAUCAACUUAUUCAUCUUCAGGCAAGUUUUUUCUUACUGCAGAGGAUAGAAUUUAAUCCAGUUAAGUUGGUCACCCUGGUGUUAACUUACCAGUAAUGAUGAUUAUAGUCGUACCAUGGUUAAGGACGUUUUCGGGAGUUUUCAUAUAGACAUAUAGGCAAAAUUAAAACUGUUCAAUAGAAUUUCUUAAAAAAUGGCAUGUUGUUAGAAUAUGAUAACAGAAA